AUGCGCUUCGAAUUUUCGUAUCUGGCACCCCGCCGUGGUCCACCUCUUCGACUGGCUCGGUACUUGCACUCUCUGCGCCUGCUGCGGCACUACACGAAGGAAAAUACACACCAUGGCUCGCGUCCAUCGCAACGAGUCUUAGACGAACGACUGGCAAAACUUAGUAAGACAGAAUAUCGAAGAUGGGACGAAGAGCGGGGGCGCGAAACCAUGCUAAACAUGCCGCCCUUACUGGCGGUCUCCGGGCUUGUCGAGACGUCGAGUAUCCCAGCGACUGCAUUUUCGUAA